CAAGAGCGGAACGCGGGCACGGUCCGACAUGCCACUUUGGAAUUUGCCUAACUCGACCCAUGUCUGCGACGACGACCUGCCGCUACUCGUACAAGGAGUGCCCGCACCCGCGCUCGACCAAGAAGGACGGGUCGCCCCACGCGCUCUGCGAGUUCCACCGCAAGAAGGCGAAUGCGAUUCAGCGCACGUAUGCGUCGCGGCGCCGGCGCGAGAUCCGCGCGUUCAAGCAGCGCCAGAACGCCGAGCUCGCGGAGCUUGUGGCGCUCGACCCGAUCCCGUACUCGCCCAACGCCGACGUGACCAUGGAUGACGUUGACCUUGCGGUCCUCGAUGCGUUCGUGUUUGAGGACCCGAUCAACAUUGACGCGUGGCUCGACGAGCGCAACUUCGAGUCGUUCAGCGAUACGCUCACGUGCGAAGACAUUGACUCGAUGUGGUCCUUCCUGUGAUCGAAACCCUGCUCCGACCCUUUUUGUAAUUGCUUGUUUAACGUCUUGAGUUUGCUUUUUGAUCCG